GUUGAAAUUUCAAACUUCACCAGAAAUGUCUAAACAUUUUUUUUACAUCUUUACUUAAAAAGGAAGCUCUUCUCUGUUCUCACUUCUCAUGAUUUAAAUUCCGUUAGAUCUCACGACUCAGAAGUCAGCGCCACAUCUACAUCAGCUUAACUCUAUGGCCUAUGCAUUCAUUUCCUCCUCAUUAUUUUUCUCUCUCUCUUAAAUUAAUAUUUUAAGAGAGAGAGAGACUCUUACAUUUAAUUUGUGGAGUUGAGUUUUGAUUGAAAGGAAAGAAGGAGAAAAGUGGUUGAUAAUGGAGAAGGAGUUGAGAGCAAAACAAGAAGAGGAAGAAGAAGAGGAAAGAUUGGGAAAUAAUAAUGCAAUGGAAAUGAAUGAAAUAGAGCAAAGCAAAGUGGGUAUCAUGAGAGCCCUUGUUGAAAGAGAAGAUCCCUCUGCCAAGGAUGUGGAUGAUUUGAUGAUUCGGAGAUUUCUGCGGGCUCGUGAUCUAGAUAUCGAGAAGGCUUCUAACCUAUUCCUGAAGUACCUAAGCUGGAGGCGUACAUUUGUCCCUAAUGGCUCCGUAGCUGCAUCCGAGAUCCCAAAUGAACUAGCCCAUAACAAGCUCUUUAUGCAAGGCCUGGAUAAGAAGGGACGCCCCAUCGUGGUUUGCUUUGGUGGCAGGCAUAAGCAGAACAAUCUAGAGGAGUUCAAGCGUUUUGUGGUCUACAGCUUAGACAAAAUAUGUUCUAGAAUGCCAAGAGGGGAGGAAAAGUUUGUGUGCAUUGGAGAUCUUGUAGGAUGGGGAUACUCGAACAGUGACAUUCGAGGAUACCUAGCAGCUCUCUCUAUCUUGCAGGAUUGCUUCCCAGAGAGGCUAGGCAAGUUAAUUAUAGUCCAUGUGCCUUACAUUUUCAUGACCGCAUGGAAGAUGGUUUACCCAUUCAUUGACAGCAAAACCAAAAAGAAGAUAAUUUUUGUUGAGAACAAAAAGUUGAAAUCCACAUUGCUGAGUGACAUUGAUGAGAGCCAGCUGCCGGAUACAUAUGGAGGCCAACUGCCAUUGGUCCCUAUCCAGGACACCUAAUUUGUUUGGGUCAAUGGUAAAUGGGGUUUCUGUUUCUUCUCUAAGUCCCUACUGCUCAUAGGCUUAGUAGAAGAUUAUACACAACAAAUAGUUGCUGCAAAUCUGCAUUUUUUGUGACGUUGCUACUCUAGAAGGCAUGCGGUUAUCACGCUAUUAUAUGAGAUUAUACAUAUACUCUUUUGCUUGUUUGCUGCAACUAUAUUAGACCUAGGUCGCAAUAACAUGUGAAAUGUGAUUGCUACUCUAUUGAACUCAUUCUUGAAAUAACAAGCUGUCAGCCGAUUUAGAAUUAUAUCAAA